AUGGAGAUUCACAUGGCUAGGAUGGCAAGGAAAGCCAGAAAUUUCUAUGUGCCUGCAAAAUCCAAGCUGGCAUUCCUCAUCCGAAUUCGAGGUAUCAAUGGUGUGAGCCCAAAGGUAUUCAAGGUGUUACAGAUGCUCUGUCUUCGUCAAAUCUUCAGUGGCACCUUUGUUAAGCUCAACAGGUCUUCGAUUAACAUGCUGAGGAUCAUGGAACCAUACAUUGCAUGCAGGUACCCCAACCUGGAAUCAGUAAACAAGCUCAUCUACAAGUGUGGCUAUGGCAAAAUCAAUAAGAAGAGAAUUGCCUUGAUGGGCAAUUCUUUGAUUGCUCGAUCUCUUGUUAAAUAUGUCAUUAUCUUCAAGGAGGAUCUGAUCCAUGAGAUCUCCACUGUGGGAAAAGGCUUCAAGGAAGGCAACAACUUCCUGUGGCCCUUCAAAUUGUCUUCUCCACAAGGUAGAAUGAAGAAAAAGACCACUGACAUUGUGGAAGGUGGUGAUGCUGGCAACAUGGAAGACCAGAUAAACAGGCUUAUUAGAAGGAUGAACUAA